AUGGCAUUGCCACCCAAACAACGCCAUCAGGGCGCAAUGCCGCCUUUGCAGAAUCGCCCGAGUAUGAAGCCUGCACAGCAGCGCGGCAACAUUGCGCGGCUGAAUGCAGUCCCUCAACCCGUGCGGUCACAACCGCAGACAACGGAGUCUGCGUCGUCGAAUGUUUCGUCACUGUUCGCCGAACCGCCGACGGAUGUAUUUGGCACGGUGCAGAAAUCUCCACCAUGGGAAUCUCGCACGAAUGUCGCUACAUCUACACAUGGUCGAUAUGCUAGGGGAGGGCAGCCGCCUCCGGCAGGCCGUGCCGGACAACAGGCUCCUUCGAAAUCCACGCCAAUUGGUCGUAUGCCUACGCAGCCGACUCAAUCAGGCCGCCCAUCCCCAUCGUAUGACAUGCAUUGGCCUCAAAAAACUAUGAGUGCACAAAAUACGGGUCAGAGCUUGCAGUCCCAGCCGACGGGUCGAAGUAUCGGGUCACAGCCUGCUCCGGAUAUGGCUCCACGGGCAACACGGCCACCACCAACGCGCUUCUCAAAACCAUUGCAGCAGCAAAGACAGGGACAUCAUGUUCCAAAACGUGAACAGGGAAUGGAUGCAAGUCGUGCGAAUAAGACUUGGGAUCUGAGCCCGUCGCUGGAAACCGACCAUUUUCAAUCCAAUGAUACACAUGGAUGGCCUUAUCAUGGCGAGGGUAGUCGGAAUCCGUACAGCUAUGAGGGAGAAGCUGUAAAUGAUACUGACCAAGCUGUAACGGAGCCUCAUGAUGCUCCAACUCAACCAGCGUUUGAUUCGCUCGCAGCCCAGCCAGCGGCAACAACACGCCAAGAGCCAGCACUCAUCGACUCUGCAGACUCACAUGUGCAGGACCAGCAUCUAUUUAACCAGUAUGGUGUGCAGAACAGUCCGUAUGCUGGAGGAGGUCCACAGUAUGAUGGAAACGAUACAUACUAUGGCCAAUACGGUGAAGGAGACUUCAACUAUGAUUCAUAUGACCAAAACGGUCAAUACGCGCAAGAUGGCGCUCCAUAUGACUCGCAUGCCCAGCACAACGAGUAUGAUCAAUAUGCUCAGGAUGGGGCAACGCUUGGCUGGGACGUCGGCUACCAGCAGCAGGAUGAUGAAUUCUUGGACCCAUCACAGUAUGAUACCGAGCUGAAUGAUAUGCUAGGUGACACGGGGGCGACAACAUCUACCAAAUCCAUGGGUGAUCAGCUCGGACCCGCUUACAACUAUGAACAAGACCAGGCUUAUGAUCAAGGCUAUUAUGGCGAGCAAAUUGAGCAAGAUUACGCAGGCCAACACGAGUAUGUUCCCGACGCAGCCUUUCAGGGUAAUUAUGCAGUACAAGGGGAGUACGAGGGAGGGUUUGUUCAAGAUGAAUACCAGAGCGAAUACCCACCCGAAGGAGGGUAUCCAGCUGAUGGCGAGUACCUAGCAGAGGGCGCGUACCAAGGUGAUUUCCACCUGAAGGAGAAUACCCAGCUGAAGCGAAUAUGCACCCGAGGGCGAGUAUCCACCCGAAGUCGAGUAUCUAGCUGA